GUGUCAAUGUCAUAUGCUUGCCAGUUGUGUUUAUUGUAGGAUUUCUAGGUUAUUUCCUUAUUUUGGUAGGACCAAUCUAUAAUAAUUUAAGGCGACAAUUGUAACUUGUAAUAUAUAUUGAACUAUAAACCAUCAAAUGGAAGAUACUCCUUCCGAUAAAAGACCGCAAUUCGGGAACAGAUAUCUGGAAAAUGCUGACGAAGUUUUUAAACAUAACGCGUGGGACAAUGUGGAUUGGGAUGAAGAACAAGAAGAAGUGGCAAAAGAGAAAGUUCAACAGAAUUCACAAAUAGUAUUUUCUGAGGAACGUUUGAAAUCUCUUGAAGAUGAUGCUGACAAGCAUUGGGAUGCAUUCUAUGAUAUACAUCAGAAUAGAUUCUUCAAAGACCGUCAUUGGCUUUUCACCGAGUUUCCUGAACUAGCACCAGACAAUACCUCAGCUCCAGUCAGAGUAUACCCUGAAGGAGAAAACAAUCAAUCAACAAAUAUUGCACCACAAGAACAGAGCAACACGAAACGCCAGAUAUUUGAAAUAGGUUGUGGUGUUGGCAACACCAUAUUCCCUAUUUUACAGUACAGCAGAGAUCCAAACCUUUUUAUUUAUGGAUGUGACUUCUCCUCAAAAGCAAUAGAGAUUAUGCAGCAGAGUGAAUUGUAUGACACAAGUAGGUGUAGCGUGUUUGUAUUGGAUGCUACCCUAGACCAAUGGAAUGUGCCUUUUGAAGAAAAUUCUAUUGAUAUCAUUGUUUUAAUAUUCGUUUUGUCAGCAAUUGAUCCUGCAAAGAUGUCAACAGUUGUAAGCAAUAUUUACAAGUAUCUAAAGCCAGGUGGAUUACUCGUGUUCCGCGACUAUGGGCGCUACGACUUGGCCCAACUCCGGUUCAAGAAAGGCCGAUGUAUAUCAGACAACUUCUACGCUCGAGGGGACAACACGAGAGUCUACUUCUUCACUCAAGAAGAAAUAACAAAUUUAUUCAAAGGUGCUGGAUUCAUAGAAGAACAGAACCUUAUUGAUAGAAGACUUCAAGUAAACAGAGGAAAAAUGUUGAAAAUGUAUAGAGUAUGGAUACAAGGCAAAUAUAGAAAACCAUUAUAAGUGUAAAACAUU